AUGACCGCCGCCCGCUGGAGCCCGUGGCCGCUCGUGCUCCCGUUCGUCCCCGCAGCUGCGACUGCGCUCCUCCAGAGCGAAGACGAGCGCCAGCGCCUGCGCGCGCUCCUCGCGCAGACGGCCGCCACGCACGCAAAGCUCGCGCUGCUGUGGCUCGUGCGGGCCGUCCAAGUCGGGGCCGGCCUCGCAGCGCUCGUGGGCUCGGCCGCGGUGCUCUACGCACUGCUGUACGCGCUCGUGAUGCCCUCGCGCUUCCACGACCAGGAGGUCUUUUUCGACUAUGGCCCGCGCCACGCUGCGGUCACACAGCCGCCGGACGGCUGCGCGGUCCCCAGCGCGUCGCUCGACUUGCACGACCCCGUGCACCAGUGGCAGUCGCUGGUCGGACCGACUCGGGCCACGCCGGCGGCAGUGCUCGUCCCGGGCGUCACGUACGACGUGAUGCUCGAGCUGACGCUGCCCGAGUCCCGCGCGAACGCAGAGGUCGGCGUGUUUAUGGUGGCCACGUCGCUGUGGGACGCUGCGCAGCAGACGCAGCUCGCGAGCAGCGUGCGGCCGCUCAUGCUCCGCGACCUGCCGGCGCCCGUGCGCUGGGUGCAACUCGCGUGGUGGCUCGUGCCGUACGCGUUGGGCGUCGCAGAGCCCGUGCAGACGCUGCGCGUCAUGGCGAUCAACGGCUAUGUCGAGAGCGCGGCGUUCCCCGUGACGCGCGUGGACAUUGAGUUGAACACGCCCAAGGUGCAGGUGGCAGCGGCCAAGCUCACGGUCAUUGCGCAGCUCACGGGCGUGCGCUACUUGAUGUACCAUUGGGCCGUGCCGACGGCUGCGUUGUUCAUUCUGAACAUUGCGUUUGUCGAGCUCGUGGUGCUCGUGGUGCUCUAUGCUGUCUACGUGCUCCCCCAACUGGACGGAGAUGCGGCGGACGUGACGGUGCUGGAAGUGGCGGCUGCCGAUGCCGCUGUGCUGGAAGCGGCUGCUAUCGAAGCGCGUGACAAGGCGAAGCAGAUGGGGGAGAAGCAGGCGGCAGCGAAGGCUGCCGAGACGGAUGUUGCGGCGAAGAGUGAGGGGCUGAGCGGCGGAACGUCAUGUGUGGACGAGGGAGUGCACGAGUCGUCGACUGACGGUGCAAAGAGUUUCAAAGAAGAAGAGAUGGGGGCGAAGGAAGAGCGUGUGGACGAGCUGUUCUAG